UUCAGUGUCACUCGCCUGUUUAGUUAAAUAUUGCACGCUCGCGUCGUCGGUUCUGCUCUUAAAACGCGAUAACGAUCCAUUACUCGCUGAAGAACUCUGCUACCAAGUAGUUCUACUGUUCGAGUUCGAGAGCAUUGACACCAUGAAAAUCGAGUGGGCUCCCAUUGGGGUUCCCAUGGAACGGCGUCGCCAGACGUUUGCCAUGGCCUUCCUAAUUCUCUCCUUUAUGAUACUCUCCUUUGGAUCUUAUUUUUUUGUUGCUGCCGUGCUGUUUUAUGGUAGCGUUUUGUGGCGCACCAUAAUGGUCAUCUACUUGGUCUACGUCUAUGCGAAUCACAGGAGAACCCACUCCAUUAUGGAUGGCAAUGGCUGGAAGAUUAACCGCAACAAUUGGCUGUUCCGACACUAUCGGGACUACUUUCCCGUGCAGCUGGUCAAAACCGCAGAACUACCUCCAAAUAAGAACUACAUUUUGGCCAGCUUUCCGCACGGAAUUUUGGGAACCGGCAUUUCCAUCAACAUGGGUCUUGACAUCUCCAAGUGGCUGAAACUGUUCCCGCAAGUAAGGCCCAAGGUUGCCACUUUGGAUCAAAACUUCCUGACGCCCAUUGUGCGUGGUCUCCUGAGAUCUUGGGGCCUGGUGUCGGUUUCCAAGGAAGCCCUAGUAUACCUGUUAACCAAAUCCAACGACCCCAAGCACAAUGACAAUCGGGAUGGGUUCACCUCCAAUGCGGUGGCUAUUCUGGUGGGUGGUGCCCAGGAGGCACUGGACUCGCACCCUGGCAAAUAUAUAUUGACCCUGAAGAACCGCAAGGGGUUCGUAAAAAUGGCCAUUAGGACAGGGUCUUCAAUUGUGCCCACGUUUUCCUUUGGGGAGGUGGACAUUCUGGAUCAGGUGGCUAAUCCACCGAACUCUCCAGUUCGUCGUUUUCAAGAUUUUGUAAAGAGGAUUACUGGGAUAUCUCCGCUUAUUCCCGUUGGGCGGGGCAUCUUUAACUACUCCUUUGGUUUUCUACCCAACCGCCGACGCAUUGUCCAAGUUGUUGGCGCGCCCAUCGAUGUGGUUCAGAACGAUCAACCAGACGCAGCCUAUGUGGAUAAAAUACACAAACAGGUCAUUGAUGACCUCGAGAAGAUGUUUGCCAAGUAUAAGGAUCAGUACAUACCGAACUCCAAGCAGGACAAGCUGAUUAUUCACUAGUUGAAAAGUUAUUGCCUAAACAAUGUGAUCAAAUUAGUGCUUUAUAAGCAUUUAAUAGAAUACAAUUACUUAUUUUA